GCGCGUAUGAGACAAGCGUUGUGGAGUGAGUUAGAUCGUCAUUUAUCUACGGUGAUUUCGUUGUUUAGUCGAUGUUCCUGUAAAUGUGAUUAUAUUAAUAAUCGUUUAAUAAUCAUUAUUAAGUAUUAUUAAAGUGCAUUUUAUCUGCUGCCUAGUGAGAGAUCAGUAGGCAAAAAUGGUUGGCUCCCGAGUUUAUGUUGGUGGUCUGCCUUAUGGUGUUCGAGAGAGAGAUCUUGAGAGAUUCUUCAAGGGUUAUGGACGGACUCGCGACAUUCUGAUCAAGAAUGGUUAUGGAUUUGUAGAGUUUGAUGACUACAGAGAUGCUGAUGAUGCAGUAUAUGAACUAAAUGGCAAAGAGCUACUUGGAGAGAGAGUGAUAGUUGAAGCAGCACGUGGUCAUGCUCGAGGCAACGGAUAUGGGCGGGAUCGCUAUGACGACAGAUUUGGUCGUCGUGGGCGAUAUGGAGACAAAGUGUCUGUAGAGAGAGCACGGGGCACCCCCAGAGGAAGUGACCAAUGGCGUAAUGACCGAAGGGGUGGUUCGAAAUAUCCACCUCAAAGACGGAGGAGUCGCGAUAAUUACAACAAUGACCGCUCUCGUGAAAGGUAUGGCCCUCCAACACGCACUGAAUAUAGAUUGACAGUGGAAAAUCUUUCAAGUAGAGUGAGCUGGCAGGAUUUGAAGGAUUAUAUGCGUCAAGCUGGUGAAGUAACUUAUGCUGACGCCCAUAAACAACGCCGUAAUGAAGGAGUGGUAGAGUUUGCAACUCUUGCUGACAUGAAGACUGCUAUUGAGAAAUUAGAUGACACUGAUUUGAAUGGGCGCAGAAUUAGAUUAAUUGAAGACAGACGCCGUGGCAGUAGAAGGUCAAGAUCUUCCAGCAGUCGCUCCAGGUCUCGAUCUCGCAGGCGAUCUCGUUCAAGGUCCAGGUCAUCCCGUUCUCGAUCUCGUAGCCGUUCUCGUGGAAAGUCCAAGAGCAAAUCUCCCGCUAGAUCCCGAUCGCGCGAUGCGAAAUCUCAUGAUCGUUCUAAAUCUAAAUCGCGCUCGCGUUCACCUUCGGCUAAGCGCGACGAUUCUAGAUCACCUUCAAAGUCUAAAGCCAAAUCAUUAUCACGGGAUCGUUCUCGUUCCCGUUCUCGAUCUGGUAGCAAGGCAAACAGUAAAUCUAAGUCGCGUUCAGUCUCUCCUUCCAAAAAUGAGAGUACACCUGACAGGAAUGAAAGUAUGGAGGAUUAGCUUAGCUGUAUUUUGUUCUUUUCUAAACUUUACUUCUCAUUAGAUGACGUACCAUGCAAUGCAAAUUAUAUAGCCGAGAAAUUGUUUAGUAGAGGGCAAAUCAAUUAGUAUGUAUAACUUGACUACAAAAUUUAAUCAUAGGUUUGAAAUAUUUCUACAUGUAACUUAUAUUCUGUACAAUGGUUCAUGUAAUUAUUUAAAUUUUUAUGAACAAUGCGUUCCUUGUAAUUUUUUUUUACUUUAUAAUUUAAAUUUUUAUUUUCAUUAUUUUUAUAAUUGUACCUUAGUCAUUGUAAAUAUUAUGUUACAUUGUAGUAACUUCUUUU